UCAGGCUCCACUGUUAUUACAGAAUGCACCAAAGCACGGAGAAGGCAACUGGUAGAAGGACCACCUGACAGUAAGGCAGCAAAAGAUAUGGUCUAUGUAGCUCUACAUCAAAAAACCGGGGGUGAAGACAUAUUCAAAGAGUAAUUCAAUUCAAUUCAAUUCAAUUUUAUUUGUAUAGCCCUUAAUCACCAUUACAGUCUCAAAGGGCUUAACAGGCCAAAUAUUUGUGACACCCCCCUUUACCCAUGGCCCCACACGGGCAAGAAAAAACUCCCUUGAAUCAGCAAGGAAGAAAUCUUGAGAAGAAACGCAGUGUAGGGGAUCCCUUCUUCCAGGGAUGGUCAGGAGUGCAAUGGGUGCCACAAUUGACAACAGGUAAAUACAUAAAUACAUCAUAUUAAAAUGGUGAUGGUGAUGAGUACAACGCAGCCAAAGGCCUUUCUGAUCAAACAAGAAGGAAACUCGUCAACAUCCUGGUGGCAGAUAUGGUCGAGAGUCAUGGGAGGGUCCCACCAAUCAAUGUCCGCGUGACCUAUGCCCUAGGAAUAGUCACCCUUUUCCCCAAUUUGAAGGAUAAGGCUUCACCAACUGGUUAUGAACAUUACUACGAUCCUCACAGUGGCCAAGGUUACCUGGCCUACAGAUUGAAAACGGUUCAGCGCAAUACCACAAGUGACUUAAAGAGGAGCCCCAAGUCUGCGGAUCAACAUGGCCCUAAGACCCUGCGUGAGACAUCAACAUCUGAGCAGCUGUCAGGUGAUGAAUGCAGAGAAGCGAUGCCCGUGAUGAAGCAUUCAGCAGACCAACCAGUUGUUAAGGAGAAAAUGAAGGCAACCUUCAAGCACCGUCAGAGUAUGCUACACGAUCCAGACCAGUCUUCAGUUAUCCUAGAUCACUUCCCCCGAUUCUUGGAUACACCAGGCUUGAUUAACCAAGACUUCACAAUGCUAUUUGGAGAAGAUGUCUCGGGCAAGUUUAUUGCAAAAUGGCCAACGUUCUACAAACCUAGGAUUAUCGCUGUCUGCAAAGGCCUUCGCCCUGGUACUCAUGUGGAUGACCUUCUGUCCGCUCAAGAGGAAUCGAAUGAUUAUGGAUGGGACAGUGACUUGGCAGCUAUCCUCCUGAUCGUUCAUCUCUUGCCUCCAACCGCAAAAGGAAAAAGACAUGGGAAAAUCAGUGCCACUGAAGCUGCUGACCAUGUGGUCAAGUUCAUGAAGGUGGGGACGAGCAUGGUGACAUUCCUGGACAGAUUUGGAUCAGCACAGCCCUUCCUCCUCUGUGUUGGAGAAAAGAAGAGUAGUAUCCAAAAGUUUUACGUCAUCCUCGAUCAGAAGGCCAUUCCCUGCGUGGCGCAGACAGCUGUGGCUGCCUUCGAUGAACUGUUUAAGGCCCACUUCGUCUUUGCUGUAUCCUACGAUGAGGCCUUGUGCAACUUCUACACCUUCAUUCAGACUACCGCGGUCCUGGAGUCUCCUGGCAUACUCUGGGCCGGGAGGAACGGGGGGAAAAUCGGGCAGCCGGCCAAACGCCAGGGUAGCGGGCCCACCACAUCCACCCCAACCCUCUCCAUAGGGAACCCCACAGGGAACUGCUUAGAAGCCAAGGCGGAGGCGACGAAGGGUUUUUGUCACCCCAAAGUGCCCCGAGCCCACAGUACGAUGGAUCGCUUGAAGCACUUCCCCACGCAGAGAGUGAGGCACCACCACCUGCCACCUCACCUCUCCGGUGGUGGGUUCCUUCCAGGCCCGCUGAAGCACGCCAUCCCACAGCCGCAGGGUCUUGAACUUAGCCCACAGUCCCUUGUAGCGGCAGCCAUCCUGACUGCAGGGGCGUCGGGAGAGAGCGUCUGCAUUACCAUGGCGUGCCCCUGCCCUGUGCACCACACUGAAGCUGUAGGAAUGCAGCUCCUCGAUCCACCGUGUGACCUGCCCUUCUGGCUCCUAGAAAGACAUGAGCCACUGGAGUGCAGAGUGGUCAGUCCGUACAGUGAAGUGCAGGCCACAGAGGUAAUAUUUGAAGUGGCGUACAGCUCUAACGAUGGCCAGCAGCUCGCGAUGAGUGACGCUGUAGCGGCGUUCAACUUUGUUAAAUGUCCUGCUGUAAUACGCCACCACCCGAUCCCCUUCCGGCCCUUCCUGUGCCAGCACGGCGCCAUUGCCAACUUUUCUAGCGUCCGUGUCCAGGAUGAAGGGCAGGCAGAAAGGAGGAGGAGGAGCCAGGCGGAGGGAGGAGCUGUCGUCAUGGCGACGGUCUGCACGGAGCGGUCCUCGUACCCAGGUCCGGAAGGGGGGGACCACAGCAGCAGAAUCUUCCGGCUGGUGCACUACGCGCUGAGUUGGGGGCCCGGGCCCCGGGACGGCAGUGUGGCCCCCGCCGACUGCACCGCGGGGAGCCACUCGGCGUUUCGGACCGCCUGGAGGGCCGAGAGCGCCGCGUCGCCCAGGAACGCCAACCGGAAAGCCGACCGGAGGGAGGCCGCUCAGUGGCCCCUGGCAGCGAUGAACCUGAACAACUGCAACAACAAGGAUGAGAAAAAAGACGAGAAAAAAGAAGAGAAGAAGGAUGAGAAGAAGGAUGAGAAGAAGAAGGAGGAGCCUCCGAAAGAGGUGUGGGUGAUGGACCCCCAGACGGACACAUACUACAACUGGCUGGUGACCAUGUCCUUCCCUGUGUUCUACAACCUCAUGAUACUGGUCGCCAGGUCUUGUUUUAACGAACUACAGAUCAAGAACGUGACGAUGUGGCUGGUGUUUGACUACAGCUCGGACCUCCUCUACUGGGUCGACACCUUUGUGAGGUCCAGGACAGGAUUCCUGGAGCAGGGACUGCUGGUGCGCGAUUCCAAGAUUCUGAAGGACAACUACAUGAAGACGCGUCAGUUCAAACUGGACGUCAUCUCCAUGCUGCCCACCGACUUCAUCUUCCUGCUGAUCGGCACCGACAACCCAGAGUGGCGCUUCAACCGCCUGCUCAAGCUCGGGCGGCUCUUCGAGUUCUUCGACCGCACCGAGACGCGCACCAACUUCCCCAACAUCUUCCGCAUCGGGAACCUCGUCCUCUACAUCAUCAUCAUCAUCCACUGGAACGCCUGUCUCUACUUCGCCAUCUCCAAGACGCUGGGCUUCGGCUCGGACACCUGGGUGUACCCAGAUAUCAAACACCCGGAGUUCGGCCAGCUGUCGCGUCAGUACGUCUACUGCCUCUACUGGUCGACGCUCACCCUGACCACCAUUGGCGAGACGCCGCCGCCUGUGCAGGACAUCGAGUACCUCUUCGUGGUGGUGGACUUCCUCACGGGUGUGCUGAUCUUCGCCACCAUCGUGGGGAACGUGGGCGCCAUGAUCUCCAACAUGAACGCGGCACGCGCAGACUUCCAGGCCAAGAUCGACUCCAUCAAACAGUACAUGGAGUUCCGCAAGGUGACCAAGGACCUGGAGAUCCGCGUGGUCAAGUGGUUUGACUACCUGUGGACCGAGGAGAAGACGUGCGACGAGAAGCAGGUGCUCAAAAACCUUCCAGACAAGCUGAAGGCGGAGAUCGCUAUUAAUGUGCACCUUGAGACCCUGCGGAAGGUGCGCAUCUUCCAGGACUGCGAGGCCGGGCUGCUGGUGGAGCUGGUGCUGAAACUGCAGCCGCAGGUGUUCAGCCCCGGCGACUACGUCUGCAAGAAGGGCGACAUCGGCCGCGAGAUGUACAUCAUUAAGGCGGGAAAGCUGGCGGUCGUAGCGGACGAUGGGGUCACGCAGUUUGUUGUCCUGGGCGACGGCGCCUACUUCGGGGAGAUCAGCAUCCUGGGGAUCAAGGGGAGCAAGGCGGGAAACCGGCGGACGGCCAACAUCCGCAGCGUGGGGUACUCAGACCUCUUCGCACUGUCGAAGGACGACCUCAUGGAGGCGCUGACGGAGUACCCCGACGCCAAGGGGAUCCUGGAGGAGAAGGGGCGGGCCAUCCUGAUGAAGGACAACCUGAUCGACGAGUCGCUGUUGGCGGUGCCGGACGCCAAGGAGCUGGAGGGGAAGGUGAGCCGCUUCGAGGCCAACCUGGAGAUCAUGAACGUUAAGUUCCGGAAGAUGGCGGCGCACCACGAGUCAUACGAGCGCAAGCUGAAGCAGCGGCUGGCCAACAUGGAGAACCAGGUCAGGACCCUGAGGCCUAACGAAUAGGAGGAGGAGGAGCAGGAGGACAACAUGGAGAACCAGGUCAGGACCCUGAGGCCGAAUGAAUAGAGGGAGCAGGAGGAAGAGGAGUAGGACACAAGGCCCAAUGAGUAGGAGGAGGAGGGGUAGGAGGCCAAUAUGGAGAACCAGGUCAGAAAGCUGAGGCCCAACAAAUAGGUAGAGGAGCAGGAGUAGAAGUAGGAGUAUGACACAAGGCCCGAUGAGUAGGAGGAGGAGGAGGGAGCAAGAGGAUGGAGACACUAGGUCAGCACGCUGAGGCCGAACAAGUAGGAGGAGGAAGAGGAGGACGACGCCGGUGACAAGGGUCGUCUGGAGGUUCAGAUGUGCCGGGAACCGGGGACUGGGUCGGAUUUGACCGCCUCUGUUAGACAGGGACCCCAGUAGAAACAUGUGUUCAUGGCGAGUGCUAGCUAAAAUACUAGCUAACACACAGCUAACAAGCUAGCUACAACCCAAUGAUUUAGAUGUUAUCCCUCUUGCAUCCUUGAUAGGAUGCCCUGCAAUGGUAACGGGACACAUGGGCGUGGUGUUGCAAGAACCGAGGAGUUACAUGUUUUUUGUUGUUCUUUUCACACUAGCUUAAACCCCAGCUAACAUAGUAGCUAACACAAUAGCUAACUAUGAACAAUGUAGAAGUUCAGGGGUUCGACUUCGGGAAGGCCAAGCCAUGGAUCUUUUCUUCACUGUUUUCUCAUUUAUUAAUCCAUGUGAAUAAUACUCUGUACUAUACAUUAUUAGUUGCAGCAAGAUGCAUCUUAUCUGAUUCCUUCCUGUAUGCGCUUGCUAAUCACAUUCAUAUAAAGAUGUGACUUGGAUGAGAAAACACUACCUGUGUAAGAAACCCAAUUGUUUUGUUUUUGAUUACGAUGCAGAAAACACACCGAGAAACUUCAAUUUCCAAGUCCAUAAAUGUUCCUGUUUUUUUAAAAAUAAAUGUU